AAAAUGGCAAGGCUUAACAAAGACGUAAUGCUCCUAAUAUUGGAGGAAUUGCAAAAUGAUAACAAGACUCUUUAUUCAUGCCUUUUGAUUAAUAGGACUUGGUGUAAAGCAGUUACUCCAAUUUUAUGGAAAAAUCCCAAUAGACAAGAUAUUAACGAACGUGUUUUCUUUAAUGUAAUACUUUCACAUUUGUCGGAAGAAUCAAGAAAUAAUUUGAUGAACCAAGGGGUUAAACUUAUUGCACAACCAUAUCAGCAAACUCUUUUUAAUUAUAUCAGAUUUUGGAAAUACUUGGAUCUAUGUUUUUUAGAUCGCAUCAUGCACGAUUUUUUCAAAUACCCUGAGUCCAAAAUUUAUAUUGUAGGAAAUGAAAUAUUGAAUCUAUUUAAUAUGAAUACAAAAUUUAUUUCUAUUGCUAUCCACAAGCUAUCCCAUAUUUAUAUUACAGGAACUGAGCAUUGUUUCUCAGAAAUUUCAGAACUUGAAUACUUUUUUUGUGAUAUUGAAAUCAAUAGUAAUGUUUUAGAGAGAUUGGCUAUGAUAAACUCAUCAAUUAAAAAGUUGAGAUUUGAAAUCAAUAACAUCACGAAAAAUCCUGGAAUCAUUAGAUUAAUUGAAACUCAAAAAAACCUAAAGGAGGUUAUCGUCAACUCAAAUAAUUUAUUUAGUAAUGAGUUCUAUUGUAAAUCACUUGAAGAAUCACUAAUUAAUUGUGCAGAUACUAUCCAGUAUUUAAAAAUAGAUUGGAUACCUACUACAAAUUAUCUUUCUUACCUCGUAAAUUUAGUAAGUUUAAAAAUACAAGGUGCUCGCAAUGCAAAUUGGUUAUAUUUAGAAAAUGUAUUUUUACCUCAUUUAAAAAUUCUUAAGGCUCGAUAUAUCCCAUCUAGAAUUUUAGCCAAUUUAAUUGUAAAUACAAAAGGAAAGCUUAUUGAAAUCAGAAUUCUUUUCCAACAUUCCAAAGAUAAUGAAAAGCUUAUCCAGGCAAUUUAUAGAAAUUGUCCAAAUCUUAAUUAUCUUCAAUUAUCAUUGAAUGAUAUAAAUAUUGCAGAAUUUGAAAAGAUAUUAAUUCACUGUAGAUUUUUAAUUGGACUAGAAAUUAUGGAAUCAAAUGGUUUUUAUCCUUAUAACAAACAUGAUUGGAGUAAAUUCAUGAAAAUAUUAGUGAAUUCUUCUUCAACUAAUUUGUUCAAGUUUAAAUUUUUUACUAUGAAUGUAGAGAAUAUGAUAGAAGCUUUAGAAUUAUUUCUUGAUGGUUGGAAGGAUAGAUGUCCUAUAAGAUUGAAAACAAUUCCAUUAAAAUAUGAAUCGUAUCAACUGCAGCAAUUAAAAGACCUAUUACAAAUGUAUAAGGUAAAAGGUAUCAUUAAAAAUUAUAGCGUUAAUAGUAGUAUUGACGAAAUUGAAUGUAUCCAAUUGAUUAAUUGAUUGAAUGGUUGAAGCAAACGAAAAAUGGAGACAUCCUGUCAAGAUCUUUUCUUUUAAAUUUAUCGUAUUUUUUAUCUAAAUUCUUUUCUUCUAUUACUUUUAUGUUUUUACCUAAAUUUU